GCGUGAGCAAGUGCCUCAGUCUUGGCUUUCUCUCGAGAGGCGCUGGGAGGCUGCGGUGGAGGGACCGACAGCGGGCGGGAGCUUGUGUGGCCUUUGAACCCCCCCCCCCCAGACGAGGAGCUGAGAGGGGGCGCGACAGGAGACAAGAAUCAGUAUUAACUUUUGAUGACAGAAGGGUACAUGAAGGAAUUCAUCUACUUUGGGAAUGCAUAAUGCAAUAGAGCUUUGAGCUGAAAUCCUGCACAUGCUUGCUUUGAAGUACUAUUUUAUUGUAUUAUGAAAACCGUAAUAAAAAAAUGGGCAGGAGAGAUUCAUAUGAAACAACAGAAUAAAGGUGUACUGGAAAUAAGCAACAAUUGGGGUACUCGUAACCUUUUAAUAUAUUUAAAUGCUUGAUGCAUCUAGUAGUAACAUUUGAGACUUAAGCUAAUGGCGUCAUUUUAUGUGCCUCGUUCUGAUGUUUUCCUCCCCCUGCCUACCCACUGACAAGCUGAAAAUAGCAAUACUUCUAUACUGGGGGUGUGAGUUCAUUUUAAAAACAAACUUCUGAAGAAAGUCAGUAAUGAAGCAGUAAUGGAUGGUUUGUAGUAGUUGACCAAGGUGUAAUAAAUAGGAACUGUUCCACUGUUCCUUUACAGGGAGGUGGGUGUCUUUCAGAGUUUCUUUUACAACUAUUUUUUUAAACCAACAUAAAGACUCAUAAUUAUGGUGCUGUGACUAAAACCAUUGUAUGAAAUGGAGUAAUCUUGAGAGAAUAAAAAAAAAUCAAGUAAGUCUCUAAGAGGAAACUGUGUUCAUUGUAGGAAGAACUGUGAGUACCUAUCAAACCUCUGAAGGGAAUAACUAAAGAUGUCUUGUUCCUGAUCAAGAAUAGGAAAGGGGGGGAAAUGCAUUGUUUCAAACGUUUUUAGUAUGAAGCAUUCUAGGGUCCUUUCCAGUGUUUUAAUAGCCUUAAAUCAUAUUCACCAGCAUUAUUUUUCUAGAAAAAGAGGCGCCAGAGCUCACCAUAAACACCUCCCUCAUUCUCUUAGAAUGGCAAUGGCGCCCACUUGAGAGGUGCCGGAACUGAGUUCCUGUGAGUUCCGGCUGAAAAAAAAGCCCUGCUAUUGAUUGAUUUAGGAUGUUCCAGGUGCUUACAGUUCAGGGUGUGAUAGUUAAAUAAGGCAAAAAAUAAUGUGUGAACAGGUUCGGACUUUUUAUGAUACUUAACCAUUACUCAGGAACAAUGUGUGAUACUUGGUGUUAGUCAGACUUGGAGCAGGCCUGUUGAAAUGAAUCAGCAAGUCAAUUGCUCUCAGUGAGUCUACUCUGAAUAUGACAUAAAAUAGAUUAACUCAGUUUUGUAAUAUAAUGCCUGUAGAUUUCCAGAUUAUAUUUCAAGAGCACACACCUUCAAGUUCAUGGUUUUUCUUAUAGAAGGGCUUUAGAUCUAACAUAUAUGUAGAGUUUUCCAGGAUAUAAGCUCUCCUGUAGAGGGUUCCUCUUUUCAUUUAUCUUUUCACCAUAAAUAAAGGCUUGAUCCAGCUAAAACUAAGUAUGUACAGGUGUCGUUCCCCCCCCCCAAAAAAAACCCUCAUUUCGGAGACACGUUCUGGGUGCCCGUGUGCAUAAGCAAAAAUUGCGCAAAUGGGGAGCACUCUCUGAACAUCCUUUAAAUGCCACCUCUGCCGCUCUCCCUACAAUCUGAACCAAAAAUAUUGUAUCCAAAAAAUAUCCAUAACUAGAAUUGAACCUCUGGGGCAGGCUAGAGGACACUUGGAAAAGCAGCUGUUUUUUAGGGAGGCAGCCUAAACAAAGCCCCGUUGCGCCUCCAGUUUCUUCGAGUCCCUCUCUGCCUUCACUGACACCUUCGUUGGGCUCUGUCAGGACUCUCCAGCACUCUUCUGCCAUUUCCGGGUUUGAAUUGAAUUAUUUCUUUCCUGGUGUUGUGUGUAUACGCAGCAGUAUCCGGGGGGUGGGGUGGGGUGGGGGGAACACUUGUGCUUGUAUUGCUCACAUGGAAAUCAAACCGGACUUCUGUGCACUCAGAAUUGGUUUUCUUGUUCUUUGAGCUUACUCAUCUUGGUAUCCGUUUAUUACAACCAUGGGCUCAUUUGAGGUAAAGUAAAGCGAAUCGGAAUGAUCAAGACUAGAGCUUUCUGCCAAUAGGAAAGUGAUUUAUAUGAACCACCCUGAUUUCUGUGAGCCGCCCUGAGACCUCCAGGUAUAGGGCGGUAUUGUUGUUGUUUAGUCAUUUAGUCGUGUCCGACUCUUCGUGACCCCAUGGACCAGAGCACGCCAGGCACUCCUGUCUUGCACUGCCUCCCGUAGUUUGGUCAAACUCACGUUCGUAGCUUCGAGAACACUGUCCAACCAUCUCGUCCUCUGUCAUCCCCUUCUCCUAGUGCCCUCAAUCUUUCCCAACAUCAGGGUCUUUUUCAGGGAGUCUUCUCUUCUCAUGAGGUGGCCAAAGUAUUGUAGCCUCAGCUUCAGGAUCUGUCCUUCCAGGGAGCACUCAGGGCUGAUUUCCUUCAGAAUGGAUAGGUUUGAUCUUCUUGCAGUCCAUGGGACUCUCAAGAGUCUCCUCCAGCACCAUAAUUCAAAAGCAUAAAUUCUUCGGUAGGGUGGUAUAUAAACUCAAUAAAUAGUAAUAAUUCAUCUGUCUGGCUUAGCCAGUCUUCACAGCCUUCUCCAUUGUAUGAGGGUUUUGUCUGGGGUCUUGUCUGUCUCCCUUCUGGUUCACUUGUCGGGUGAACAGAGCAGGAGCAACAUAGGAAGGUGUGUCUAGGACAGGGGUCAGCAACCUUUGUCAGCCGUGGGCUGGUCCACUGUCCCUCAGACCAUGUGGUGGGCCAGACUAUAAUUUUUUGGGGGGGGGGAAUGAACGAAUUCCUAUGCCCCACAAAUAACCCAGAGAUGCAUUUUAAAUAAAAGCACAGAUUCUACUCAUGUAAAAACACGCUGAUUCCCGGACCAUCCGUGGGCCAGAUUGAGAAGGCGAUUGGGCCAGAUCUGGUCCCCGGGCCUUAGGUUGCCUACCUAUCUAGGAGGAGGAGACAGGGUUAAGUACGCGGAAGUAUGAAGAAUGAACCUAUCAACCCAGUGUGCAGCAGCUGUGAAAAAGUUAAGAGAUUAGGAAAGGGGCUGGAAAUGAACAGCUAGUAUCAUAAUUCGGCUAUACAAGUCUAUGGUUUGUCCAUACUUGGAAUACUGUGUUCAUUUAUGGCUGCCAUACCUAUAAAAAGAUAUUGCAGAGCUGGGGAAAGUGCAGAAAAAGACAACUCUCCUAUGCGGGAAGGUUACCAUGCCUGGAGCUUUGGGGGGGGGGGGAGGAUGGAGGGGGAAUAUGUUAGAGAUGUGGGAAAUUAUACACAUGGUAUGGAGAAAACGAGUAGGAAGACGUCGCCCCCUCAUAAUACCGGAGCAUGGAGUCAUCCAAUUGAAAGCCCUUUUUAGAAAUGCACAAUAUGCUUCUGCAGUCUGGAAAAUAUUGGACAAUUUUUUAUGGCUUCCUUGGUAAAGAGCUAUGUUUAAUUGUUUAUACUUGGUCAGGAUGCUAGAUGAGUAGGCUACAUGCAGUUCCGUGUAUCAAAUUGGUGUGUGCCUUUGUACAAUCUUCUAAAAAGGGAGAAAUACGAUUAAAACCUAUUUAAGAUGCAGAAUGGAAACACCAAGCAAUCUGCAAAGGGGGACAAAUGUGCAGAUGAAAAGCUUAAAAAGUUUGUUUGAUUUUAAACACCUCAAUAGCUUUCCUAAAGUUUUAAAGAUGGGGGGGAUACUGAUAUUCAAAACUUUCUGAGUGAGAGAUAGCAUAGCGUUUUUUGAACACAGGUCUUAUUCCUUGUUAAGUAGACACUCUUACACUAUAUUGAUUGAUAACAUUUUAAAACUACACUGCUUAAGUACCCUCCUACCUGAAUGCUACAUUUACUUUUUGACUUCUUACAAAGAUAAAACACCAUUCUCUCUAGACGUCAUACCAUGAUAUUGGGGUCUCCAUUAUCCCUUUCAGGCUGAUUGUGUGCCCUUGUCAUUCUUUAUAAACAAAGACUAUUGUUGAAUACUAUUUUUGUAAUUCGCACCUGACGGUUGUUCAGAAGUCCACAUGUUCUUGAUUUCACAUCUGUGCCACUAAUCAUUUCCAUCUCUGUCCUUACUGAUGCAGCACACUGUGUGCAAACCAAGUCUUGUCUGUUUCCUUCCUAUUUCCUUUGAUUAAAGUCUGCAAGGCACUGAUAGCAGUAGGAUACAUUGAAAGGUAAACAACUUAAGUGGUUACUACCUGUUUCUCAUUUGUCCAUAUUUAUUGGACCCAGACCCUGUUUAAUCUCUGGGGCUUUCCCUGGGUCUCUUCUCAGAAGAGGAGACAUUUAUUGGCAGUAUGCCUAGAUAUGACUUUUUUUUUUAAAAAAAGGUUUCCCAUAAAGUGCUUUGCUGUGGGUGAAAUUGACUGGGACAGCAGUUCUCAAUCAUUUUCUCCCCGCAGACCUCUUGGAAAUUGCUGUGUGCCUUGGUGAAUCACUUAAAGCUUUUGUCUUCAAUGCCAGCCUCAUCAGCAAACCAGCAACAUAUUAUGAGAAUUGCAGGGUCUAGGCCAGGCUGCUGAAAAGAGAUAUUUAGGAGGAAAUUGAUAGACUGCACUACUGCUGUAUUAUGAAAAUGAUCUCUCUCGGUGACACACACACACCCCGGAUGGUGCAAAAAAGGGUCAUGGGACCUAUCUAGCCUCUUCCAUAAAUCCAGCCCAGCAGUGGUCAAAACUUCCUGAGAUCUCCAUUGUCAGAAAAGAAAAGAGCAGGGCCAAGUAUGGAUUUACUUGACAGUUUAUAGUGACCACUGUUCAGUAUACCACCUUGCCCUAAAAUAUGAGAUGGGUGACUAGAGGUGCUCAGGUGCCUUUUGAAAACAAGGAAUAAUAGGGAAACCUUUGAACCUGGAAGGAAAAGGUUCUUGGCAGAUUGACUUGCAGAAACAAAUUUUCUUUUGGGUCUGCCUAGAUGCUUAGGAUGUGGGUGGCGCUGUGGGUUAAACUACUGAGCCUAGGGCUUGCCAAUCAGGUCAGCGGUUCGAAUCUCCGCGAUGGGGUGAGCUCCCGUUGCUCGGUCCCGACUCCCAGCUCCUGCCAACCUAGCAGUUCGAAAGCAUGUCAAAGUGCAAGUAGAUAAAUAGGUACCGCUACAGCAGGAAGGUAAACAGCGUUUCUGUGUGCUGCUCUGGUUCGUCAGAAGCGGCUUUGUCAUGCUGGCCACAUGACCUGGAAGCUGUAUGCCGGCUCCCUCGGCCAAUAACGCGAGAUGAGCGCCACAACCCCAGAGUCGGUCACGACUGGACCUAAUGGUCAGGGGUCCCUUUACCUUUUUAGAUGCUUAGUACAAAAAUUCAAGUCUGUCCUUGGAGGCUUGCUAAAGCAAUACAAACUUUUGCACAAGUCCACCUUUUCUGAAUUCCCAUGCCAUCGUUAUCUUUUUGUUCUAACUUUUUAAUGGUGCUUUUCUUGAACUUUAUUUUUUUUUAAUUCUGCAAGUAGCCUUACUGCUUUGCACUUGCUGUUUACUAAUCUGAGUUCAUGGGGAAAGUGGAUUAUUAAUUUAUUCAUUUUAAAAUCAGUGUAAUGACGGCCACUGUUAUGUAACUGAGAAUAAUACAAAAGUGACAAGCAUAUCAAAAUAAUUGUUGGUUGCUUUUAAAAAAAAAAACCCACACAAUUUAAUACAAUAAUGCAAUGCCUCCUUUACAGAAGUAUCAUAGCACCUCAGUGUAGGAACUUACUGCAGGCUUGUCCUCUUACCCUACUUAGAGAAUAACCGUAAAACCAAGAGAGAAACAUGUGGAUUCCCAUUAACAAGAACACUUUUGUCUGAUUGACCUGGCCUGCAGUAGAAGGGGCAAUUUCAUGCAUGACACCACACACUAAGGUGCAAUUCAAAUGCAUGGCAGAUUGCUCAUAUGACAUCUUUGCCAAAUCACUGUUUGCUGGAUUAGUGGUACACUAGGUACUAGUUGGGACCCAGGUGGCACUGUGGGUUAAACCACUGAGCCAGGGCUUGCUGAUCAGAAGGUCAGCGGUUCGAAUACCUGUGACGGGGUGAGCUCCCGUUGCUCGGUCCCAGCUCCUGCCAACCUAGCAGUUCGAAAGCACGUCAAAAUGCAAGUAGAUAAAUAGGAACCGCUACAGCGGGAAGGUAAACGGUGUUUCUGUGUGCUGCUCUGGUUCACCAGAAGCGGCUUUCUCAUGCUGGCCACAUGACCUGGAAGCUAUACGCUGGCUCCUUCGGCCAAUAAUGCGAGAUGAGCGCGCAACCCCAGAGUCGGUCACGACUGGACCUAAUGGUCAGGGGUCCCUUUACCUAGUUAUGAUUUGGGUCUGAACCAUAUGAAAGAUUAUGCAAUUAAAAAAACAAGAGUUAUUCUUCCUUUGGGAAUCAUGGUUUCAAAAAAAUAUAUACUUAUAAUUAUUGGCAAUGAAGACGUAGUCCCCUGGUUUUUAUUAGUUAGUCCAAACCUUUCCUUAGGAUAGUAAACCCAGUUUAUAUUCUGCCAGCUUGAAUAUGUUCAGGGCUGCCACUGCAAAUUUCUCUUUCAUAUCUUUGUAAAAAAAGGGGGGGUAAAGGUAAAGGACCCAUGGACGGUUAAGUCCAGUCAAAGGUGACUAUGGGGUUGCAGCACUCAUCUCGCUUUCAGGCCGAGGGAGCCGGCGUUUGUCCACAGACAGCUUUCUGGGUCACGUAGCCAGCAGGACUAAACUGUUUCUGGCGCAAUGGAACACAGUGACAGAAGCCCAGAGCACAUGGAAACACUGUUUACCUUCUCACCGCAACUGUACUUAUUUAUCUACUUGCACUGGCGUGCUUUCGAGUUCACUCCGUUGCAAGCCCAAGAGGCUCAGUGGUUUAGACCACAGUGCCACCUGCAUCCCUAUAUCUUUGUACCGCCCUUGAGUUGUGUAGGAAGGACCGCUUUCACCCUUCCAGUCAUCCACACGUUUGGCUUGCUCUGUGCUGUCCCUUUUUGACACAGUAGAAUUCACAUAAAAGACAAUAAUAUCUCGUUUUCAGAUUCUCAGCAAUCAAUUAGAAUAAAGGCACACCAAAUUUCAGCAUUCUGCCUGUGCAGGUUUCUUAACAGUUUUGACAUUUCCAAGAAUGAGUCAUUCCUAAGUAUCUUCAGUGUGUUGUUCAGCUGUUAUGCAAGGCACCACAGAAUUUCAGGCUGUGCACACUUACCCAGAAGAAAGCCCCAAUAAGCACACUGGGGUUGACUUUGGAGUAAACGUGCAUAUGAUUAUAUGGUAAGUUUUUGAAUGCUGUAUAUGCUCAACUCCCAGUUAAGUGCAAGUUCCUUGCAUUUCUAUAAAAGGUUAUAUAUAUAGCAAAAGGAAACAAAAACUGAAAUAACGAAACAAAAACUGAAAUACCAAAAACUGAGAAGUCCUUACAUAAAAUAAAACAAUAACUGUACAGUAAUUGGAGCAAGAAAAUGUUUUCUUAUGUUGGUAUGUUCUCUCAUCUUAAACACUGUGCACAACUCUUACGGGAAUGCUUAAUACCAUCAUUAAUUUUAAAAUGUAGCUCCAACAUGAAGCUCCUUUUUAGGAGCGGCGGAGCUCUUGAUUUCUGUGUCUCUAAUGUCUAUAAAUACACGAGUAAAUAUGCAAGAACUCAAGAACAACCACUUCUGCUGUUUUUGUAAAUAACACACAUCUUGUUUGUUACAAUAUGGAAAUCACAGACAUGGGGAACAGAAAAGUAGAAAGAAGCACUAAUUGGCAUUAACCAUUAGAAAAACAGCAGCAAAUUAGGGACUGGGGGGGGGGCAAUAAAGCCAAAGCAAAUGCUGUACAUUAUAUUCUUUGUUCCUUUUUAGCUUGUGUAAAAAUGCACGUUUUGAAUUUAGCCAUAAUCAUGUUAAAACAAUUCAGUGCUUUAAACAUGAAGCAUUCUUGAUAUGCAGUGUCCCUACACUAGUUUGUUUUAAUUCAUAUUGGGGAAAGGUAAUUAGUCUCUGGAUUUUUAAUGAGGCGUUCAAAGGAAUAAUUAGCAGUGUUCCUCAACCCUUAAAAAAAAGAGAAUUUCAAUUUGCCCUUUAAAAAAAGCUUUACAGUACUUUUGUUUGUACGUCAAGUGUUGUGUGGUUUAUUGUAAUAGUGAUCACAUUAUGGCUGUUUUUAGCUUCCUGGGCUGUGCAAAGGCUAAUCAAAGGCACUUAGCAUAUAAACUGAACUGCAGCAAAUGUUUUUCUCCAGCAGGUUUAUUUAGCAACCUCAACCUAUCAAAUACCUAAAGCUUGGCAAGCGGUCCAUCAAACCCCAAAACACACCUGAUUUGUAGCAUAAAAUGUUUCUUAACUGACCUGAACAUACAGGCUACCAUGCUCUUUCUCUGGAGUAAUUUGGUAACAUGUUUAGGCUUUUUUGUUAGUUUCUGAAGGUGUCUGUUAAGCCUGUGAUGGAUUUUCGCAAAGGAAAAUCCCUGUUCAUUUCCUUCAGGCAUAAAAAGCAAGGAGGGGGAGUGGUCUGGGAUGUGAGUUACCUGAGAAGCAGCUUGCUAGUUGUUGAAGGGAAGAAGUCCCUUACUCCCUUCCAGCCUUAUAUUUCUUCACAGUAGGAGCAUAGGAAGCUGUGUUACGCUGAGUCAGUCUGUUAUUAUUAUUAUUAUUAUUUAUUUGUACCCCGCCCAUCUGACUGGGUUUCCCCAGCCACUCUGGGCGGCUUCCAACAAAAAAUAAAAAUACAUUAAGAUGUCACACAUUAAAAACUUCCCUGAACAUAUCUCAUAGAACCAUAGAUUUUGUGCUCAGUGUGCAGACUACCAGUGGCUCUCUAGUGACUCCGGGCAGAGAGGUAAUCUCCAACCCUACCUAGAGAUGUUGGAGAUGGAUCUCAGGACCUCCUGUGUGCAAAACAGAUGCUCUUCCACUGGACUUGUUUCCUUUCCCCUAAAUGAGGAAAGGAACCUCCCGCAACCUACAACCCGGCUAAUGUAGAAGCUGAGAGCGUGAGCUGUGCUCUCCCAUUUAAAUCUCAUCUCUGAGGUGCCCAGUCCCUGUCAAUGUUGAAUAGCCUUGAAUGACAUUUUAAGAAGAUAGUGAUGUAGAACAGUGUGUGUGUGUGGUUUUUUUAAAGCACCACUUGUGUGUGGAAAGUUAAAUGCCAUAUGUUACGACUUGGGUUUGAGGCAGGAAACGUAUAAAAGUAUAAACAUAGAGCAUUUGCUUCCUGUCUCACACGUUUGAACUCUGUGUCCUUUGAACGCAAACUGAAGAAAAUGUGCACAGAUAUAUAUAUACUGUACCCUGCUAAUGUCUGAGUGAUACUGUAAAACAUACAACCUGGGAUAAUAAAUUAGUUUAGACCCAUUCAAAUAUAGGCAAGGAUUAAGGACCACAGAAAUCAAAGAGGGUUUGCUUCCUUUUCCCCCAUGACUGUACAUAUUGAGCUGUUUGUAGCUCCAAGCCUGAUACUCUUGAGAUGUAAGGAAAGUAUAACGAUAGGUUCUCAGGUAGCAUCUCUCUCUUCAUUCUUGUGUUUGUAGCUCUAUGCCCAUGGCCUCUGAAGACCUUGCAGGCAACUUACCAAAUCUCUACAUUCGGCAGAAUUCUGCCAGUGCCAUUUCCUUAGACUUUGAGCCUAAUGCUGACUAUCAGUUCGUGGAAAUCGUAGAAGAGCGAUACAGAUGUGCCUAUUGCCACCUGGUCCUUCACAAUCCUCACCAGACGGGAUGUGGGCACAGAUUCUGCCAGCGUUGCAUAGUCUCUCUGAGAGAACUGAAUGCUGUACCCACCUGUCCUGUGGACAAAGAAAUAAUAAAGCUACAUGAAGUUUUCAAAGACAAUUGCUGUAAAAGGGAAGUUCUCAAUUUGCAAGUGUUUUGCAGGAAUUCACCAGCCUGUAAUGCGAAAACGUCUCUGGGGCGAUAUCAGGAUCACCUACAGCAGUGUUUGUUCGAAAGCAUGCAGUGCACUAAUGAAGGAUGUUGUGAAAAAAUGAUUCGGAAGGAUUUGCAAGAACACCUAGGUUUGCAGUGCAGCUAUCGGAAGGAACUGUGCCAGUACUGCAAAGAGUGUGUGACUUCAAUUGAUUUAAAGACUCACGAGAGAACAGAUUGUCCUGAUUAUCCUUUGAUUUGUCCCCAUGGCUGCCCACAGAUAAUUCUGACAAAAGAGGUAGACGAGCAUGCCGUAAUAUGUCCAGAGGUGAAAAUUGAUUGUCCUUAUAAAAAGUAUGGCUGUUCUACAAAGAUUAAAAGAGGAAAACUUUCAGAACAUGAGAAUAUGUACUUGAGAGAACAUAUGCUUCAAAUCUUAGAUAAGAACUCAAAGCUGGAAGACCAGAUCUCUGACCUUUAUAACAAUCUUGAACACAAAGAGAGAAAAAUACAGCAGCUAGCAGACACAGUUAAGAAGUGUGAGAGAGAUUUCAGGCAGUUUACACAGCUGUACGGUAAAAAUAGCAAUUUACUGGCAAGCACUCAGACUUUGGCAAUUCACAUUGAUAAAUCUGCCUGCCUGGAAACACAAGUGAGACAGCUGGUGCAGAUGGCAAAUCAGCAGCAGAGUAAAUUCAGCCUGAGACCACUUCUGGAGACCAUUGAUAAUAUAAAGCAAAAGGUUGCUUUCCUGGAGUCAUACGAGCAGCGUUUAGUUGUUCUGGAAGACUUGUCCAACCAACAUGAUGUCCACCUCGGUAUCCACAGGGUACAACUUAACAAAAACGAAGAACGGUUUAAACUUCUAGAAGGGACAAGUUACAAUGGGAAACUGAUCUGGAAAAUUGUGGACUACAAGAUGAAGAAAAAAGAGGCUAUGGAAGGCCACUGUCCCUCUGUAGUCAGCCAGCCUUUUUACACCAGCCGCUGUGGCUACAGGUUGUCUGCCAGAGCAUACCUGAAUGGGGAUGGUUCAGGAAAGGGCACUCAUGUUUCCUUGUACUUUGUAGUGAUGAGAGGGGAGUUUGAUUCGUUGUUACCAUGGCCUUUCAAGCAAAAGGUCACACUUAUGCUUCUGGACCAAAGUGGGAAGAAACAUCACAUAACAGAAACCUUUAAAGCAGACCCUCACAGCAGCAGCUUCAAGAGACCUGAAGGAGAGAUGAAUGUUGCCUCCGGGUGUCCUCGGUUUGUUGCACAUACUGUGCUCGAAAAUGCAAAGAAUACAUACAUCAGAGAUGAUACACUUUUCCUGAAAGUAGUGGUGGAUUUAACUGACCUUGAGGAAUUAUGAGAGAACGUGGAAGAGAACUGUUAACAGUGAUGGCUUGGUGAUUUAACUGGAUUGCUUUCAGACAACAGGAAAAAGCUGCUAUUCACUCUGCUGACCUAUUUUUAUAUAUUUUUUUGAUAGUUUUGGCUACUUUUUUGGUACUUUUUCAACUUGCAUUAAGAAAACUGGUCAGGUCUUUAAUGAGGUGAAUUUGAAGCAUAUAACAAAACUUGGUAUUUGAGAGGUUUUUUAUGUCUGAAAAGCUCUUAACUGGGUCACUAUGUAUCUCAGGAGACAUAUUAUCAGCAGAAUAUUCCAAAACUCAAAUGCAGGUCCAUCCGUUCUGCUCACUUUGUUACAAGCAUUGCUAGAGGUGCUAUUCACUAGGGAAUGUUUGGGGCAUUUCACAAGUUUGCAGCAAACGAAAGAAUUCUAAUGUUAACUUGGGCUAAAGGUUAGAUUGACACACUUCCCAUCUACCCCACUGACAGCCUGAUCCUAUGUUUUUUGAAUUCAGUGGGUUUUGUUCUCAUGUAUAGAGAGGACUUACUUGAGAGUAUUUCUUUCAUAUAUACCAGGCACGUCCAACAGGUAGAUCACUGAACAUCUGUGGUAGAUCACUGGGACCCCCCAUGAAGCUCAACAAGUUUGGCUCCCCCCAAAAAAGCUCAACAUUUUUGCCCUGGACCCCUAAAACACGUAGCUUUCCCCUCCCUAAAAAAUAGUUCAACAAUUUCAACCUGAACUCCCCAAAAAUGGGCCUUCCUCCUUCCUUAAAAAAAAAAAGCUCAUCAACUUUGACCUGAACCCCCCAAAAGGGGGUAGAUCACUGCCAGUUUUUAACUCUGUGAGUAAAUCGCUGUCUCUUGGAAGUUGGCCGCCCCUGAUAUAUAUAUACACACACGUGAUUAUGUACUGUAGAAUAGGCUCUAUUUCAUAAAAUGCUUGACUGGCAUCUUUUGAAAGCAAAUCUAGGAAGAUCCCUAGAUCCUGAUUUUAAAGCACUUCAGUUAGUUGAAAGUUUUGCAAGUAGCAGUCCUGUGGCACUUCUAGGGUGAGUUCGCAUGUGCACGCAACACAAUCUGAUCACCCACAGUUUGAUAGCUCCUGUAAUGCCCGUUGUGAUAGUUGAAUAGAAAGAACCAGUACUUUUUUUCUUUUAAAAAUGUUUAGGGGUACUCUCAUUUUGACUCAAUAAAAUCACUAUUUUAUAGUUCAGAUCGGGGGAAAUAAAUAUAGUAAAUGGACAAAAGUACGAAGAUUCACAAAAUGUUUAGGGGUAUGUGUCCCCCCAGGAAAAAGCACUGGAAAGAACAUAGUUGAGCAUCCAUAGUUCCACAUGAACUUUUCAUGGGACAAAUCUCUCCCGCCACCCACUUUAUUAAUCUGCUUACUUCAGAUAUCAGAAUGAAUGGGGGGAUUGAACAGUUGCCUUUAAUUUAUUUAUUUUAAUUGCAUGGAAUUUGGGUUCUCCGCAUAGAUGGAUUAUAGCAAAUAACACAGAAAAGCACUUUACAAAAGCUAUCCCAUUAUUUCUACGUAAAUAUGAAUGUGAUGUUUUCCUGCAAAGGAGAGUCUUGAUAGUGCCAUAAACAUAGAGAUUGAUAUAUUGAAACUAAAAGUCCAUGGUAGGUUUUUUUGGGGUGAAAUCAAGAAUUAUGAGCACUGGGCUUAUUUUUUAUAAGGCUUCCAUACAUAGGUGUGUGGCUGAAAUCAGAGAUACUUUGAAGUUGCCACAAGAACGUUGCUUUAAUUCUUUCUUCUCCCUUCUUUCUAGUUGAUGUAAUUUGCCAUACUAGGGUGUUGUGAGGAUUUACUGCAUUGAUGUUGUAGUUUUUGAGCAUGAAAGGGUGGUGCUUUAAUAAAUAUAGCAUGAGGGGGUUUGAUGUUGAGUGUGUAGGUGUAUUUUCAAAACAACUUGGAAAGCAUGUUCACUUUUGUCUAAGCUGAAUUGCCAUCUUACAAGCACUGAAUUAUUUUUACUCUUUUUUAUGACAGGUUGAAAUGCAAGUAAGGCUGUGAGUUUUUUCAGGGAUGUGAGAUCUAGCCCUGAGGCAUUACCAAGCACUUUGCAAUACUCUUUCCCCAUCCUCUCAGAAUGUGUUGCCUCUUGGCUCACUGCUUUUAAUAGCAUUGUCUACUAUUCUUGUUUCCUUACUAAGAUGGGGCUUGAAACCACAACUGGAAUAGCAGGGUGACAAAGGAAGCAUUGUGGCAUAUACCUAGUGGGUUCCAAGUUCUGAAAGAUGGAAUUCUCUAGGUUGGGAUUUGCAGCCAUAUCACUGCCUUGUGUGUUAAUUUUUUUGUAAAGUUGACCACAUUAUUUAUUAAAGAGGCUGUAAAGCUAAAAUUGCUUUCUUUUCUUUUUUUAGGGAAAAGCAGUUUUCUAAUUCUUUUACUAAUGAGAAUUUGUAAGUCCUUCCCUUUUUUAAUACAGGAGGGAAUUUGCUUUAAAUAUUCCAUUUUAAUACCUGGGCCCCAUAAAGUUUACAUUUCUGUGCCAAUUUGUUGAUAUGUUCUUAGAUAUGUUUGAUGUAUUUAUUGCUGUAGUUUUUAACCUUUUAUUAUGAGUGGUUCACAUUUUUCAAUAAAUAUUAAAAAGCCAAUGGUUCUUAAAUGACUCUCCUGAAUGAAGUAUUGCUGAAUUCUUGAGCUCUCAAACAGCUUCUAAAACAAUGCCUCCUUACUGUCGCCUUAAUUUUAGUAGACACAGUAGAACACACAAAACCUGGGGUUGGGGGAAGAGGUUAGGUAUACAUAAUCCUCCAACCCCAAGAAGGAAAAGUAGUCUAAUUUAUUAAAUUCAGGAGGUUAUUAUUAGAAAGGUAGUAAAAUGUAGUAAAACUGUCUUGUACUGCAAAAAUUUCCAAGGGCAACUUUAUCGAAGGAAUGUAAUUUACGUAAUUCCUGAGUUGGUACAAUCAGGAAGACCUCCUUGCCUCACUCCCAUAUAAGGCAAAUGCAGGUAUAGGACUCUUGCCUUACAGUAACAAUGGCACUGGCAAAAUCAUCUUCAUCUGUUUAUCUCGGUUGGUACAGCAUGAGACUCUUAAUCUCAGGGUUGUGGGUCCUGCAUUGCAGGGGGUUGGAUUGGGGGAGUCCUCAUGGUCCCUUCCAACUCUUGAGUCUAUGUACCUCAGCAGCUCGUUGGCAAGGUUGCUAUUCACGCAGGUAAAAGGAAUGUUUAAUUUCUAGUAGCACCUUGGGUAACCUUUAUUUUAUUUUAUUUUUGCUUUAAUUUGCAAUAGCAAUCUCAUAUUUGUCUUUCUCUGUACAUACCGCAUUAAAGGUAAAGGGGCCCCUGACCAUCAGGUCCAGUCAUGUCCGACUCUGGGGUUGUGACGCUCAUAGGCCAAGGGAGCCAGUGUUUGUCUGCAGACAGCUUCCGGGUCAUGUAGCCAGCAUGACAAAGCUGCUUCUGGCGAACCAGAGCAGCGCACGGAAACGCCGUUUACCUUCUCGCCAGAGCAGUCCCUAUUUAUCUACUUGCACCUUGUGCUUUCGAACUGCUAGGUGGGCAAGCGCUGGGACUGAGCAACGGGAGCUCACCCCGUUGCAGGUAUUCAAACCGCCGACCUUCUGAUCAGCAAGCCCUAGACUCUGUGGUUUAACCCACAGCGCCACCUGGAUCCCUUUUACAUGCCACAUAGGAGCAUAGGAGCCAGCAACUGCUGUACCACACUGCCAAAGGGCUCUCUAACCUCUCUUCAAAACCCCUGCUUUUGGAAUGAUAUAAUAAAUGUGUUAAAGGCUUUAACCUCUUUGUGCAUAAUGCCUAUUGUUACUACCGGAUUUCCCACCUGAAUAAUCAACUUUUCAAUCCAUUUUUGUUUACAAGAAUAAACAAAACUAGUUUACAAAACUGGUGGGACCUCUUGCCCAUUAGUGCCACAUUUAUUUCAAAAAAAAUUGUUGCUUUUCAGGGUGUAAGCUUAUAUCAAAGCAUUUUAAAGUACGUUAAAAUAGCGUGUGUGCGCGCGCACAAACACACACACAAAAGCAGCUGGAAAAUGUACUAGUUUUCAAACAAAUCUUUUUUAAUAUAGCAAACAUCAUCUCCAAGAUGUAAAAUGGGAAGUCUAUAAUGGUUUGCUCAAGCCAGGCUCAGAAUGUAAUGUGCUUUGGAAGAUUAAGAAUGUUAUGCUUUUAAUGGAGAAAUUUCUGGAACAACAAUGGGUUAUCAGCUUUGCCCAAGGCAUGAUGGAUAACAGGCAACAACCAGCGGAAAGAAAGACAUAACACAUUAUAAGGACAGGAAGAAACACCAUGGGCAGAAUAAUAGUCACACAUAGGAAGAACAAGGAGUUCCUCACUUGUAGUUUUAUAAAUCAUUUAAUGUGUCAACAUGGAUGGAAGUUAUUAGUAUUGCCGUUGUAUAAGGAUUAUUAUAACAGGAAUGUAAUGGAAAUUAGUAAGAUUUCGGAAUGCAGAAAUAAAGCAAAUAAUCAAGCCAUCAAUUCUGGCACCUUAUCUAAAUUAUAUUUGGUAUUGGUAUUAAUAACUCUAUUACAAAUUGUUAUUAUGAGGCUAUUACUGGAUUGUAAUUAUGUAUAAAAAGGUUAUGCUUUUAUUCAUUCGCAAUAAAAACGAGAGUUUUUGUGUGUCAAUACAGAUACCGACAGGUUCAAAAAAUAAAUGACAACGGCUUAAAACACAAGGGCGAAACCAGGAUUUACGGGUCGGGGGGGCAGAAUCGAGUUACCUGCAAUACAAUUGGUCAGAUGAGUAUUAUUUAUUUACUUGAUUUUGGGGGGUGGCAGCUGCCCCCCCCCAACCGCUUAAACAAAGGAAACGAAACACCCCCACGGCGUCCUUCCCCCUCUCAACAAGGAAAUGAAAAGCUGCCUCGCUGCUGCUGCUAAUUAUGAGCCAUUUCCCUUCGAUAAUGCUCAGCUUGGUUGUCGCAGGGUUUCUGUUCCCCUCCGCCAAACACCCCCGUCAGGUGAGCCGCCUGGAGCGCUCUUACCAGGGAGUAGACCCCACAGAACACAGGGACUUACUCCUGAGUAAACGCGCGCAGGCUUAAGCCGGGCUCAGUCUCCUCCCCCCCCCCCACUCCGGCUCCCCCUCAGCGCGGCGCCCCGAGCAGCCGGGAGUCGAGAGGGAGGCGCCGACCCCGAGCGCCUUUCGCCUUUCGCCUCCCGCCAUUUGCCGGAUAUCGGCGCUGGCCCUGUCCCGGCAGGCGGCGGUGCUCCGCGUUGUGGUUCCGGGUUCCCGGAGCGCCUGGGGCCACGACGGCCGCCGGUUGCUGGUCGCCUUCGCCGCCGCCGCCGGUAAGCGCUGUCCUGGGCAGGUCGGAAGGCCCGUUAGCUGCUGCCUCAUAGGCCCGGCGCGCUUUCUGGGCAUAGCCGGCCUCGCCCGGCCUGCGCACCGCCGGGUCCCUGAGGCGCCUUGUACGCGGCCGGGCUCUGAGAGGAUUGUUGUGGAUAAUAACUGCUGCUGUUACUGUCGGCGGCAGGAGUCGCAUGCCACGCGUGUAAACGGGCCCGAGGGACUCUGGUUAGGGGGCGUGGGGGGUAUAUUCGUAUUUUGGCUUCAGCGGGGCGCCCCGCGUAAAAAAAAAAAGCGCUUUAAUCCGUUGUAACUGUCGCCACCGCUCCUAAGAGCGUGGGGUUGUGAAUCCCCGCUUCCCCCUCGUGAAAACAACUAACCAUCUUUUCCACGCAUUACAAAUGUGCUGCUGUGAGGGAUAAAUGUUCCAUACUAUCUCCUGCAGACACAACCAAGGAGCCUUGUCGUGGCACCUUGAAAACCAACCAGUGCAUUGUUUUGUGGAUUGCUUGCUACUGCGCUUAUCUAGUAUGACUUUGACCUGUUGCGUGGAAACCUUGAUAGAGACAAUCCAUUGCCGUUUCGCUUCUCUAUACCUCUCUGCCUGUCUGAUGUUGGACAGGCACACUGGCUUCUCCCUGCCUUGCUCCCCAUAUUCAGUCCAUUGCCAGGUCAUGGUUACUUCUCACUUCAGAGCAUUGCAAAACACACACACACACACCAAGGGGCUUUCCUCUCUGAGCCCUGGGGAAAGACCCUUGUCCCUCUGCCCCCUGGCCUAGGUUGCUGCAAUGCUCUCCUCUCUGGUCUUCCAUUGCCUCACCUUGGUUCCAUCAUCUCCAUCCAGCUACGUUCCACGGGGGUAUUUGCAAAAACAACAGAGAGUCAAGUGGCAUUUUAAAUCUUAUCAAAUGUAUUAAUAGUAUAGUGUAAACUUCUGUGGACUAGACAAACCAAGUGUUGCUUGAGUGGGGUGUGUUUCUCUGUUUGUGUGUGUCCCACACAACAGUGAGGUGGGAUUGUGAAUCGGCAAAGUCAGAGGGAAAUGAAAUGCAGAAAGCACGGACAGUAGCAACUACAUUAUUAACAAUGCCAUUCCCAAAGGAGGGUUAAGGUGCUGCAAAACUGUUUGUUUCUGCUGUUAAAAUCAUUCCUCCCUCUAAUGAUGUGAUGCCCUGUCCAACAGUUCCUCAUCUUUACCAUCAAAACCCUCCAUGACUUUGCCCCUCCUUAUCUCUCCAUUCUUAUGUCCUGAAACAUCCCUGGUUUUGACCUUUGCUCCUGUGGCUCCAUCACCCCCAGCUGUCCAAAGGUCUUCUGCUUCCUCAGAAGACUACCUUUCCCCAUUUGGAACUACCUCGCACAUCACUUUUGUGAUGCAAUUUUUUUCUCUUUCCUCAAAUCCUUCCUCAAUGCCCACUUUUCUCAUAAAGCCGUUGGUACAAAACCUGGUGUAACUGCUCAAGUAUGUGAAACAGUGAAGAAGGGGUGAGGGAAUAACACAUUAUCCCACUGUUUUUCCCCUGCUUUCACAGCUCUGCAGUUCCUUUUUACCCCCUCUGUGUCAGAUUUUAGAUUGUAUGUUCCUCAGGGCAGGGACUUGGCCUCUUGUUCUAUCUCAAGCAUUGCAAAUGGAUGAUUGUAUAUAAAUAACACAUAUAAUGCUAGCUAUCUGGAUCUGAUGAAGUGGGCUUUAGACCAUGAAAACCUAUUCCAGAAAGAGUAAAGUAAGUGUCCCCAAAUUCCAUUUUGUGUUUACUGUAACAGGUUAACACAGUUAAGCUUCUGGAACUUAUUGCAUGGUAGAACGAUACAGACAGUCAUACUACCCCAGGUAAGAGAGGGAGAGAGCUCAUUUUGGUGUAGUUUGACAAUCUGUUCAGGCUCCAAAAGCAUGGCCAAAGUGUGUUUGUCAAGGAGUAACUUAAGUGUGUUUGUUAGGGAGUUACAUUAUUUAACUUUUGCAAGUACCCUGAGUGAUUAAAUGUGAAUAAUGUAGCAUUUCCAAGGCUACUGUUUUAUAGAAUUUCAAGAGACUUUCAGCUUCUCUUGGAUGGAGAGUUUUUUAGGUGACUAAAUGCAACAUGAAAUCUUUUCAGAGACACCCCAGGCUUGGCUCUACAAGCAAGUUGCAUUGAUGAUGUGCCACUGGCAUGAAUUUUUUUCACAUGUAGCCAUGCAAAUAAUGCCUGAAGUUACCGCAUAGCUACAAAACGUUAUGCUAAAGCUGGUCCUUAAGAAAUUCAUUUUUGCUCAUUGGCUGUUUACUUACACACGUCAUACUGUUGGUGUUACCACUUGCGCACAAUUCUUGAACUGCAGUUGAACACACUAAGCAGCUGAAACAGACUCUAAUCUAAACCUGAUAUGCCCAAAUCUGUUUCAACUGCUUAGAUUAGAUCAGAUGCUUAAAAUUCAGUAGUACCAAGGUCAUUAGUCUUUCCUGGUAGUGGAAAAACUCCAUCUCAACAGUUAGUUUCAGUUUAUUCCACAGAAAAUAUUUUUGACAAUUUUGUUUGUGUCUAUAUAAAUAUAUAUGUUUCAUAGAUAUGGAUAACAGACAUGAAGAGAAAGGUGGGGCACUGUGUGCAACAUCGCAAGAGAAAACAAAAGGAAGAGAGAGAGAGAAGAGGAAGCGAAAACGCAGCAGAAGCAGGUCCACCUCAAUUUCUUCCACUACGUCGUCUAGUUCUUCAACAUCCUCAUCUUCAAGUUCUUCUUCAAGGUCCUCUGCUUCACGCAGCAGAAGCAGCUCAAGUAGUAGAGAUUCUCCCAAAUCAAAAUCAAAGAAAAGGAAAAAGGAAAAACAGAACAAAAAG